UCAAUUAACAAAUAUGCAGUUCGACAAGGUUUUCUUCCUGUUUUUCGGUGUUUUGGCCGUGGUAAUUGCUGCUACUAUGUCCGCGGAAGCUCAGGACAACGAUGUGAUUAGUGACCGUCGUUUCCGUUGGGAUUUUUCCCAAGAUUCUGAUGACUCUGCUAAUGAUUUGCAAGAAGAUGAUUCCGCGGAUAAUGCCGCUCAAUCUGAUAACGGUGGCAAGUCCGGCGGACAAGAUACCGUGGAAAUUAUCGAGGAGGGGUCCUUUGAGAAUGAUCCAAAGCAAUCUAAGGAAAGCGCAUCCAUCGAAUCUUAA